AUUUCACAGAAAUUAAGUAAUGAAGAUCUCUGUCCAGAUAUAAGCCUCUCUCUGGAUGCCCUUCCGGAGGAUAUAAUAAUAGUUCCAAAGAAACAGACACCACAAGAUAUAUUUCUGCAUGUUUUAGAGGAUUGCCAGAGAACAUGCAUGACCAUCAUUGACACAGAUAACACAGUAAAAGAACAUUCCCCUACACAUGAUACAGAUCUUUCACUGUCAUCCCCAGGGAAGAUUUUCAUGGAAGCAUUCACUGAACAGAGUAUAGAGAGUGGUGAAUUUGAAAUCAGUGAUUUGUUAAGAUCCCUCAGUGAUUCUGAGAGUCUUAAAAUGAUAAACCCAUUGCCUGACAAGUUAGAGUGUCAGGGUCAUGCCUUUUCCAUUGAUCCAUCAGCAGAUGAGAGCAGUGAUGCCCUGCCAGUACAGCUUGUGACAGCUCUGAACGCCUUGUCAGGAUCUGUCAUACAACCUGUCCCUCCUGUAGUGCCAAAUGAGAGACAGCUUAACAUUGAGGGAGAGCCGCUAAAUUCAGAACCCAGUAUUCCCCAGUUAGAUGAUGACUGUACACAAAUAAAAAACAUGAUUGAGCCUCAGUUUGCUACAGUUCAGGUGGAAGAAAUAAAAACCUUAACAGAAUCUAACUUUCAGAGGAUACCAAAUGAGCAACCUGUGGGUGGUCAGCAGAGAGAGAAAGAAGUAAUUUCAGAUUACUGGGCUGCCACCUCUGGUGACAAGCAAACUGGUGAGGGAAGUUCACAUUCAGUGGAGGCGGCAGCAUGUGCAGAAACAGCCCAGACAACAUCAAGGAAAGCGAUGCAAUUAAGAGAGACCUCAAGAAAGGGCAGAGAUCAUGUUUCCAGUCAUCACAAAAUACUAGAAGAGACUCAGCAGAGGAUGUCUCACAGUGGCAGUACAACAAGAAACAAAGCUAAGGAUUUUGAUAAAAUUCAGAAAUCUACUUCUAAAGACAAGCAGGAUCUAGAAACCAACAUAUGCCAAGAAAUAACUCUAAAUGAGGAUAGAAAAGCUAAGCAGAGAAGAAGGAGCAAGAGAAUCGAAAACAAACUGAGACAAGAAGCCUUUGGUAGGAAUGCUAUAAAUCCUGUUUGCCCCAUUUCACUUUCAACAAUCAAUAGGAGGAAUAUUUGUGGUGAGACCUUACUGCACAGAGCUGUUGCUCGUCAAGAUGUAGACCUUGUACGUAACAUAAUAAAAGCUGGUGGAAAUGUGAAUGUUCAGGAUUAUGCUGGCUGGACUGCACUACACAUAGCAAGUGUGGAAGGCUUUUAUGGGAUAGCAAAUGAGCUUUUGAAAGCAGGAGCUGAUGUUAAUGCUAGAGGAAAUGAACAAAUAACACCAUUGCAAGAUGCAGUUAAAGAAGGCCAUUAUAAGGUGGCAGAGUUAUUACUUUGGUAUGGAGGUGAUCCCUUACUAAAAAAUGAGAUGGGAAGGUGUGCAUUAGAAGAAGAUUCUGACCCGUCUAUGAGGAAACUGCUUAAAAGCUAUGUAGAAAAAUCCAGAAGAGAGUCAGUAUCAGGUGGAGAUGAUUCAAAGAAAAUGUUAAAUACGCAAAGUGCAGAGGAUACAAACCUGCCCCAGACAGAUGAGUCAGAACCAGCAUGGGCAAAUCUUACGGAUUCAAACAGCACGGACACAUUGCAACAGGCUAUUGUAAAUGAGGUGCAAAACAUUUCUACUAAUAUAUCUGAAGCUGGGACCAGCUGCACUGAACAUACACUUCAGGCAAAUGCAGAAACACUGUUAGCACAUGAGCUUUUAGCACCUAUUAAUGGAGAAGGGGUUUCUGGAAGUCCUUAUGAUUCUACCCGUGGUGUAUUACGCACUGCUGAACAAAAGGCUCCACAAACAGAGAAAGGAGGGAGGAUCCUGCUUAAUGCAGAAGAAAGUGUUGAAGGAUGUCACAUUGAAACUGAAAAUGCCAGUAGUUUAGAGAUCAAGCCUAUACCUUUACAACUCCAUGAAAAGAACACACUUCAAAUCAGACGAAAGAGAGAGGAUCUUCAGGAGACCAACUCAAAAGCAGAUUUGCAUUUUGAUGAAGGAGUGUUUGCUGGAGUAAGUGGAACAGAAUGCACUGAAAAAAAUGGAGAAGAAAUAAAUGCAAAGACCAACAUGCUUUCACAGUUUAUGGAAACAAAAGAAGUCCAAACUAAAAGAGUAAGAUUAGAGCCUCAGGAGGCAAGCCAAAAGGCAGCCUCAUGUUCCAGUAGCAGCAAAAACAAGCUUUCAUCCAAUCAAUCACAAUUCAGUCAAGCAUCAGAACAGCAAACAUCCAAGAAAUCAG